GUCAAGCCAGACACCAGUCUCUUAAAUCGACACUUAAUACUUGGUGGUUCAAACAUAAAGGACAGAACACAAAACAGAACUAUAGGAAACAAUGUUUUCUGCCAGACCAAGAACGACAAUAAGCUUGCACCCUCCAUGGAAGAUCUGCAGUUCCUGAAUAUCAUGGACAAUGAGUGUUUCCAGGAUGAGUCACAAAGCUGGGUGGCUCCACUGCCGUUCCGCCAGCCCAGAGCAUUGCUGCCUAACAAUCGCCGCUACGCACUCAGUUGCCUCAAUUCACUUGAACGAACUCUAGACAAAAACCCAAAAAUGAAAGUUCACCUGAUAGACUUUAUGCAGAAAAUGUUGGACAAUGGGCACGUGGAGCUCGCACCCCCAGUACAAGAGUGUUGGUACCUGCCCUAUUUCGGAGUGUACCAUCCUCAAAAGCCGUCACAAAUCCGAGUUGUAUUUGACUCCAGCGCGCAGUUUGAAAGUAUGUCGCUCAACACAGUGCUGUUAUCAGGACCUAAUCUGAACAACAGUCUAUUAGGUGUGCUAGUGAUGUUCAGAAAACAUCCAGUCGCAGUAACCGCAGAUAUCCAGCAGAUGUUCUAUUGCUUCCUGGUGCGCGAGGACUGCAGAGAUGUACUGAGGUUUGUCUGGCACAAAGACAACGAUCCACAGAAAGAGUUCGUGGAUUACAGAAUGUGCAUGCAUGUAUUUGGAAACAGCCCCUCGCCUGCUGUGGCCACAUAUGGUUUGAGGAGGGCCGCGCAAAAGGGAGAAGCCAAAUACGGGUCAGAUGUUCGCCAUUUCAUUGAGCAUGAUUUUUAUGUGGAUGAUGCUUUAAAGUCUGUCCCCAUCGAACAUGAAGCUAUCGACCUGAAACGCACACAAGACAUGCUAGCAGACUCAAAUCUUCGCCUCUUAAAAAUAGCAUCAAAUAAGGUUGAAGUGAUGAACGCAUUCUCACCUCAAGACCAAGCCAAGGAUCUCCAAAAUCUGGAUCUGUUCAAGGAUGAACUCCCAGAUCAGUGCAGUCUUGGAGUAAAGUGGAAUAUAAUGGAGGACUAUUUCACUUUUCACAUUCCUCAUGCUGAAAAGCCAUACACACAAAGAGGAGUCCUUUCAACUGUGAACAGUGUGUUUGACCCACUUGGGUUUUUGGCCCCAGUCACCGUUCGAGGACGUCUGCUUCUAAGAUGCUUCUAA